AUGCUCCUUGAUUUUCUUUUUCACUACAGCCUGGACUCGAGGGGCGGAAAUGUGAAGCUGGCACCACAUGCCGCCAUAGCUAGCGAUCUGGGGCAGCGUCUGUUCUUCAGCAUCGGCGAUAAUCCCAAGGAUUCGCGCCUGCAGAUCAACGAUGUAAAACCGGAGGACGGAGGCGUCUACCGAUGUCGCGUCGACUUCUUCAACUCCCCGACGCGCAACUUCAGGCACAACCUUACAUUAGUUGUGCCUCCCGAGGAGCCACGCAUCUUCGAUGCCCAGGGCAAGGAGAUAUCCCAGUUGGCAGGACCCUUCCGCGAGGGCUAUGAGCUCUUCCUGUGCUGCCAAGUGAGGGGAGGACGUCCCCCGCCGAAGGUCACCUGGUGGCGCGACGACACGGAGCUCAUCGGCACCAGCCACACUUCCGUGGAGGAGGGUGCCACCAUGAUGGUUAAUCAGCUCCUGAUUGGAACCACCACGCGGGACUUCUAUGGCGUUCGCAUCGAGUGCCGGGCGCAGGGAACGCGACUGGUGGAGCCGGUCCGCAAGGACGUCACCGUGCAGGUUUACUUGAAACCCGUUCGCGUGAAGAUCGCCACGCCCAACGAACUGCUGACCGCCGGACAUCCUGUGCCCAUCCGUUGCGAGUCCUGGGGCUCGUAUCCGGCGGCUAAGAUCACCUGGCUGCUCGAUGGCGAGCCCAUCCGGAAUGCCGAGGUCACCGUGCACAGCGACAAGGAGGACGGCAAUAUCACCACGAGCAUACUGACAUUGAAGGUAACAUCGGAGAACGAUAAUGCCGAGCUGACGUGUCGGGCCACGAAUCCUUGGUUCUCCGGUGGCGCCAUCGAGGACAAGCGCGUCAUCCGGGUGGCAUAUCCGCCAACGGUAUCGGUGCACUUGGCCAACGAGGAUCCCAGUCGGCUGGUGACACGGGCCGAGGGCCAGAAUGUCACUUUCAAAUGCCGGGCAGAUGCCAGGCCGCCGGUGACCAGCUACUCCUGGUUCAAGAAUGGCAUGCGAAUGUCGGGCGAGAGCACGGAAAUAAUGCACUUGACGCAACUCGAGAGGGAAAGUGCGGGGGCGUAUGCCUGCGGGGCCACAAAUACGGAGGGCGAAACUCGGAGCUCCAGCCUCACGCUGAAAGUGCAGUUCUCCCCGCGUUGUAAGUCGGGCACCGAGCAAACCUCCAUCGGAGCCGUCAGUCUGCAGUCGAUUCUGGUCAAAUGCGAGGUGGAUGCCGAUCCGCCGGACUCCGUGCGAUUCAGUUGGACCUACAACAACACCCGCAACGUGUCGCCGGUGCUCAACUCGAGGAUACAAUCGAACGGACUGGCCAGCACGGUGACGUAUCUGCCGCAGACGGACUCCGAGUUGAUAACUCUGGCCUGCUGGGCCAGCAAUGCGGUGGGUCGCCAAACGGCGCCCUGUCUGGUGCACAUCCUGCCGGCAAACACUCCGGAGGCACCGAAGGCCUGCGAAUUGCGCAACGACACCGUCCUGGAGGUGGUUUGCAUGGCGGGCAGCGACGGCGGCCUCUCCCAAUACUUCUUGCUGGAGGCGGUGGGUGGCGACCUGCUGUACUCCAAUGAUCCUGGUGGAUCUGCGGGACAGGGACAGGCCCGCGGGCAGUAUGGCGAGGCCAUUGGCCUGGGCGACAACGAAAUAUCCACGCUCAACGAUCAGGCGACAUCUGCACCCAUCUUUCGCAUGCAGGAGAACAGUCCACAGUUUCGUUUGAAUAAUUUAGAGCCGGGACGUGAAUAUCAAUUUUUAGUUUACGCCGUCAACGCCAAAGGACGCAGCGAGCCGCCGGUGGUGAUUGAGAAUGUACGCGUGGCCGCCCAACUGGGACCAUAUGAUGAAUCCAUUCUAUCCGAGGACCCGACGCCCGCAGAAACUACGCAUCAUGGGGGCGGCGGCGUGGGUGGGAGUGGCAGCUCCAGCGGCCUGGGCACCGGCGCCAGCACGGGCAGCGGACCGGAGAAGCAGUCCACGCUGCUGAUACUCGCCGCCGUCGUGGUGAUAGGCGCCGUCGUGGUGACGUCAAUUAUCGUGGCCGGCAUCGUCGUGGUCUGCCGGCACAGGCCGCGGCCACCUGAGCCGCAGGAGGUGCGCAAGAGCAUGCGGCCGGCGAGAAACGAUGUGCCGAGCAUGUACAUCGAGGAGGAUGAGCUGAACGAGCUGGAGGAGGGCGGCGGACGAGCGGCGGAGAUUAGGGCGCGGGGUGCCCCGCCCAACGCCCACCUGUGCGGCGGCGGCGGAAUGCCCGGGGUCGGGUCGAGUGGCGGGGCCAUUGUGGGCGUGGCCGGACCCCAUCACUACAUCUCCGAGAGCUUCAUCCAGUACGCGCAGCCCAGCCUAAACGUGUAUAUUGCAGACCCGGAUCUGAUAUUGCCGCGCGGCGAAUUGGAAUUUACGACCCUGGAUCCAACGCUGAAGUAAUUGUAAAAAGUUAUAAUAAAUAUCUACCAUAGUGAGAAAGGCAUACACACACACACAUUCACGCGCGGUGAGGCCUCAUAAUUCACGGGCAUUUCAUUUAACAUAGCUGUAAAUUUUUAGCAUAAAUUUAAAUGCAUUAGCGUAAAAGGUAAAUCGUAUUGCGUACGUUUAAGAGGACAGGCAAACAGAUAAGGAUAAGCCAUUUUGUAAUUGUCAGCCAUUAAGUGUCAUGCAAACUGCGAAUUGCGGAGGCAAAAUCAAAAAGAUACAUAGAAUCCCAGAAGCUGCGCUAUAAAUACGCUACAAACUUGUAACUGAAAUCAAAAUAUAAAACUUGUAAAUAUCACACAAACACCACACACACACCAGACACUCAUUUUGCUGUUGCACCAUCGACUGUACAUAGAGAACGGGCAAACAUUAAUCAAACUGCAUUUAAAUGUUAAAUAUUAAUUGUAAUUAAUGAACAACUAGCUAAUAAGCCAGUAGCCAAGUAAGCCGUGUGUAUUGAAAGUGUAAUUAGACUCAUAGAGCCCACUAAGAGUUAUUGGGCAUCAGACUUUGCACUAGGUAUCUGCCUCAAAUAUGUGCAAGUAUCCAGGCAUUGCGCCAAUAGAAAAGUCAUACAUCCAUUUGUGUCUGCAUAGCGAUAUUGGAUUCUUAAGCAGUUAAAGCCGUAUCCUGUUGCUGUUUGGUAAAUGAAAAUCUUGGGAGCAGCUCCCACAAUUUCUGCUCGAUUUUUCGGGCCCCGGCCCACUCUCUUCCAAUCUGAUCUGGCAUAUUUAGUCGCUGUUUAUGGCAAUUCCAUGAAUAUUCUAUUACCACAAUAAGCCGAACUGAAGGCGAUGAUGAAAAACAACCAAAAACAAACAACAGCCAAGUGGGCGAUGUUCGAGUGCAUAAUGAAUAAAUGUCAAGUGAACAGGCAAUUCCCAGAGUCCUCGAAAGUUCCACACUGACACAAGAGCAUCAGACCCAAACUCAGCUACAACAAAAACAAUAAAAGCGAAUUCAGUGUAAAUGUUAUAAAUAACUAAAGUAACCGAGCAAAAGUACGACAUAAAAGUAAUAAUAAUAAUAAUACAGUUUACACAAUACUCCAAUGUAAUUCGAAUUCUAAUUUCAAAUAUACAAACAUAAAGUGAAAUGGCAGACUAGCAAAAUAUACUGUGCGUAUGCGUAAUAAAAUAAAUUGAAAUUAUAUAUAUAUAUAUAUAUAUAGAUACAUAUACAUGACAACACCGGGGGCAAAACAUCCAUCUGUCCCCGUCUGUCGUUCUCUGUCUCUGUCACUCUGGACAAAACCAAACUGAUUGUUUUUAAGCAAAGUUAGAUUUAUAAAUAAAUUAAAUUUAAAAACGAAUGAGAAAAAAGCAAACUUUAAAGUGGAAUACAUUAAAAACUAAGUCGAAACUACUGAGUGUGUUAAUAAUAAUACCGAAUACUGAAUAAAUAAACAAGAUUCAAACCAAA